CUCUUCACCUGAAGGUUACUCGUUUUACGUGAUACCAACCGUUCCCCUAAUAUCCCCCUGAAACUCCUGAAAUCAAUACCAAAACGGUCCGAACCAGCACAAGAUGAAGCAGAUGGCGAAGUGAAAAAGCAAAUUUAUCGAUGAAACUCCAAGAUGUAAAUAAAAGGCCGUCUCAAUGCUGAAACGCAAUUGCAAUCUAUAAAUAGAAACUUGGGAAGUGAGCUUUUUUCAAUUUUGGAGAAUAACUUAAAAGUAAAUUAAAAUGUUGGAAGGAGCCGUUGCGAGGAUUUUAAACCAAUUACUUGGUAAAUACGUGGUUGAUUUGGAUACAGAAAAUUUAAAUGUUGGGAUAUUUUCUGGGAAAGUUCAAUUAACCGACUUAAAAUUAAAACCGGAAGCUUUAUACGAAUUAAAUUUACCAAUUGAGGUAAAAGCUGGUACAAUUGGAAAAGUAUGGCUUCAAAUCCCAUGGAAUACUCUUUGGUCUCAACCAAUAAUCGCAACAAUCGAAGAUAUUCACGUUGUUGCUUCCCCGAUAGUAAAUUUUCAAAAAUUCGAUCCUGAAAAGAAUAAGCGUCUUUUACGAGCGAUGAAGAAACGAAUUUUAUCCGAAUUAGGUACGAAAAAUGACGUAAUCGGGGGGCCAACUUUAUUCUCCGAAUAUUUAAUAACAAACGUCAUCAACAAUAUGCAAUUAAACAUUUCAAACGUACACGUUCGUUAUGAAGACGAUGUUAGUAGCAAAUUUCCAAUGGCUUGUGGAAUUUGCAUUGGAAAUAUAACAGCGGAAAUUACAAACAGUAAAUGGAAACCUGUAAAAAUGUUUCGACCAAAUGAUACGUGUUAUUAUUUAAUUAAAAUCGAAGCGUUUUCGAUUUAUUGGAACCCAAAUCAUCAAUUGAUUAAAUGGAAUUUGCCGUUGCAGUAUUAUCAAUGGAGGAAUUCUAUGUCGAAUAGUUUACAAAAUUUUUCUAUGAACGAACAAGAUUUUGAAUUUUUAAUUAAACCGAUGACGACAAAAAUAAAAACGACAAUAACCAAAAAUUCAAACGGAAGCAUCGCAAAGCUUUUCGGCGACAUAAUAAUUCAAGAUUGUAACGUACAAAUAACGAAAGACCAAUUAAUUUCGAUUAAUUGCAUCUUAAGUUCUUUUGAGAGGAUGUUAAUUAGUUGGAAUUUCUUAUCAAUUCGUCCCAAAAAGAAAAUUUUAGACGAUAAAGUUUCUUGGUGGAAAUACGCGUUUAAAGCGGUGCUAAAUCAAAGGGUACAACCGUAUUCUUGGUCAAAAAUCAAAGAGGUUAGAAAGAAUUAUCGGGAAUAUUACGAAAUUUAUAAAAAGUUAUUAAUUAAUCCAAACGACACCGAAUUAAAAUUGGAUUUACAAAAAUACGAGGAUCAAUUAUCGAUUGUUAAUAUUGUUAUUGCGAGACAACAAGCGAGAUUAAGCGCACAUGAAAGUAGUUUAUGCGAAAAAAGCUUUUGGGAUAUCUUGCCAUCACCGGAACGAUUGGUUCUUUGUGAAAAAAUUGGAUUUUCUUUGUUAACUGAUAAUGAGAAAAAAUCUAUUGAACAUAAUUAUAGUUUCAGAAUUGGAAACAUAACAGUUUCCCUUAUAAACGAAAGCCGCGAAAUUUUAGUUUUAACCCUAACUCAAUUCAUAUCGAGUUUAAUCCCGAAUUACUCAAAAAGCACUUACAAGAUUUCGCUGAAAAUCGAGGCGAUUAUCAUAGAAGGAGCCAGCGUUGAAGAACACCUCCUCCCCGUAAUUUCUUCGGAACAUAUAACAGUUCAUAACAGCCCGGCUUAUUUCUUUAAAUUAGAAUUAGAAAAAUUACCGGCUAAUUCGAAUUUUUCUUAUAAAUUAAAUUGCAUUUUGGAGUACUUAGAGAUUUCUUAUCACAAGCAUGCUUUUGAUGAAUUAAAGAAAUUUUUAAUGGAAGGAGUCGACAUUUAUGCUUCGAUUAAAACAUUUUUCGAAAAAUUCCCCAAAAAACUCGUAGAAGAAACGAAAAAGAAAUUAAUCAACAAAUGGGAUAUGAAAUUAGAUUUAAAAUUACCGUACUUGGUGAUUCCCGAGGGGGCCUCUUUACAAACUGGCGAAAACGUAUUGAUAAUUGAUCUGGGCCAAAUGAAAAUUAACACAGAAUUAUCUCAAGAAAACGAAAUCUCGGAAAACGUCACCCACAUGGAAUUGGAAGAAAAAAUUUAUUCUCGCCUUCACGUAAAAGGAAGCGACGUUCAAAUUUUGUUUUGUGAUAGUGCCGAAGAUUGGAGGGCGGGGAGAAAGGAAAAAGACACCGAGCUUCAUGUUUUGGCAAAAACGACGGUUACAGCUGUUUAUUCUAAUUGUGUAAAAAAUAUUGAUACAAUCCCAAAACAAAAAUUCAACAUAAACUUUCCAAACAUUCGCCUAAACGUUUCCGAAAGGAAAGCGAGUACAUUCUUAAAAUUCCUAAAAAGUUUAAAUAUCGAAGAAGAAAACGUUUUAAAACCGCCCUUAAAACAAUUAUGGGCUAUUGAUAAAAUUAAAGAAGAAAUUUCUUAUAAAUAUUUAUCGCACGUUCAAAAUUACAUCACUUUGGAUACUUAUAUUAAAUGUAAGAGGAAGAUGGAUAAGGAUCCUCCUAAAUCCGAAAAGAAAACUUCUAUCAUUAGUUAUCAACAAAAUAUGAAUGAAGCUUGGGCGAGGUGCGUUGAUUUGCCUGGGUUGGAAGAUAAUGUUUCUCCGAGUAAUCGAAUUUCAAAUUUGGUUGGAUGUGUUAUUAAUGAUUUUCAAUUUCUUUUCUCAAAAUCAAGUGAUUCCACCGACCGCCAAUACAUACUCCUCCGUCUUGGAUUAAUCACAAUCGACGCAGCUUUAAUGACUUAUGGCCCAGCGUAUCAAGUUUCAUUGAAUAGUAUUUUAAUAACGGAUAAAAUGCACACAACAUCAAGCGGCCAAUACUUAGAUUUAGUUUACAGCCCCGUUCCAUCGAAAGUUGACGUUCUUACUAUUUUGUAUCGAAAAGUAAGCGCGAGUUGCCCAGAUUUUUGGACGCAUUUCCACGGGGUUGAAACAUCUUUAGUCGCGGAUGUUGGCGGGUUAUUUUUACUUUUGCAUCAAGAAGCUGUUCAUACUUUUAUUAAGUAUACGAAAUAUAUUAAAUCGAAGAUUGAAACUCAAAUUUCGAAAAAUUUGUCUACUAAAUUUUUAGGGUGGUUUAAUAAAGCAAAAGAAUUUCUUCGCUCGAAAACGGCGGAAACUCCGGUUCCUCCGGGUUCGAUUAAGUUCUCACAUUCAGCGAGGUUUUCAAAUUUAGGAGUGAGAGUUUGCGACUCGGAUUAUGAUAUAAUUAACAUCCAAUUAUCGGGGUUGGAAUUGGAUUUUCUUUUUAGGGCGAACGAAAGGUUCGUUUUUCGUUCGUUUUUGGGAAGUAUUAAUGUUGAUCAUCUUUCCGAUGUUACUUUAUACAAUAAGGUUCUUUCAAGCGAUGAAGACAAAGUUUUUGAAGUAAAAUACGUGAGACACGCCUCACAUUUAAUCCCAAGAAACGAUAUCUCCCCAACUCCCAGCGAUAAUUUCACAAAUGGAACGUUCAAAAUUUAUUUGGGACAAAUUCACGUUACGUUUUUAUAUAAACUUUUCGUCCAACUUCAUAGGUUUAUAGUUAAUUUAGAGGCGCUUUGCUACAUCGAAAAAGCGGUCGAUGUUAUUUAUAAAGCAAUCGAAAAGGCUACGGAUACGUUAAAAAAUAAUUCGAAAAUUAAUUUAGCAAUUAAUUUGAAAGGCCCAAUUCUUUUGUUCCCGCAAAAAUCUUCUUCGCCGAAUGUAAUCAUCAUCAAUACUGGCGAAUUUAACGUUGAGAAUUUUUUUAAAGAUUAUACGAGCGAGAUCGUCGAAAAUAUUUUAGUGAAAAUCAAUGGAAUAACUGUUAAUAGAGGAAUUAUGACGCUAACAUCAACUUUAGAGAUGCAGGAAGUAAUAAUUGAACCUGUUAACUUAAACAUGGACAUAAAACGGUUCACACCAUCCCAAAACUCAUCAAUUCGCUCCCAAUGUUGGGAAAUCGAUGGGAUAAUGGACGUAAUUCAGAUAACUUUGGGACAAAGAGAUUUAGCUAUAAUUUUGGCUAUUUACGCGGAUAACAUCGGGGAAGGAAAGCUUCUCGAUUUAUUCCCCGUGCCAAUUAUACGAUCACCAACCGGAAACGUCCAGGAAUCCGACGAAACCGUCCGGACUUUAGAAGCUUUUUUCUGCGAACCGAAACAAAAAUAUAUUAACACGAAAUUUUCAUUCGACGGCGUUAGUUUGUUAUUAUUUUUCGAUUCCGGGGAACUUUUAAGUUCGCCUAUUCGAGAUUUAAACCACGGAUUAUGCAAAUUCGAAAUCGUUGAGGUCACAACUUGUUGCGUUUUGUAUACUGAUGGAAGUAUUGAUGGGAAAUUAUCCGUUGAUGGGUUGUGUAUCGAAGAAAUCGGACCGGACGUUAAUGUUUAUGAUAAAGGGAUUCUUCAAUCCCCAGUUGAUGAUAACAAGAACAAUAACUGCAAUAUAACCGUAAAUAAACCACCAAUAAUCGAUUUGACAUUCCAUCAAACCAAAAAUAGUGAUAAAUCCAUCGAUAUCAUCAUCGGUCGCUUAAGUUUAACCCUUUCAGUUCCAUUUUCUGAAAAAAUGGCGAUGUUUAUCGUUGAUUGUCUCCCUAAAGACACCCUAGACAUCGGGAUAAUUAAUCACGGUUAUGUUAGCGACCAAACCAACGAAAACGAAAUCCCAAAAGCGAUUCCACACAGCUUAACAAUCGCUUUAAGGAUAAAUCGUCCCGAAUUUAUUUUUGUGGUUGAAACAACUUCGAAUAAACGGCGAUAUUUUAUAACAAAAACCGAAAUUUUGUCGGAUUAUUCAAGACAUGGUACUCGAUUAAGUCUUGUUAUUUCAUUAUCGGGAUUGCAUUCCUCGUUUUACGACGUUGGAAUUCACGCAAUGGAACCUUAUUCGAUUCUAAAACAAUGCGAUGUUGAACUUUCGAAAUCGUUUAGUGAAGAAAAAGGGGAUAAAAUUACCACGUCGGUUUCUUCGAUCCACAUUCAAUUAUGCAAUCGAGUGGUUUACGCCAUUAAUGAUAUAUUAAACGAUAUCGUUGAACAUUUUAAACUCCCAGACGAAGUCCCCGGUAACAAAUUGAAACGUUUAGAAAGUAAAGAAAAAGAAAUUGAAGAUUUAUGGGAACCGAAACAUUUAAAUGAAUACGUUUGUAAAGAAGAAUUCGUUGAAAAACCACCAUCCCACAUCUACAGGGAGUUAUUUUUGUUACCAAAAACCGAAAUGAUAUUAAUUUUAGAGUUAGAAGAAAUCCCCGUUGUGUUAAUAAAAACGUCAUUGGAAGUAACAAUGUGCGAUUGGUCAACACUUUUAAAUUCAACUUGCGAAUUUACAAUUCAAGCGAAUUAUUUCAAUGAUAAUUCGCAAUGUUGGGAACCAGUUUUAGAUCCGAUUGUGAUGGACGAUUACGAAUAUAAACCUUGGGAAGUAAUCAUAAAAAUUUUUCAAGACAAAUCAUUACCGAUGAUGGGUAAUGUUGAAACGAAAUCGAAAAAAUCAUCAAAUUUAAAAGACGCCGGGAAUAAAAAGAAUUCUUCCCCGAGUUCUAGCGACGAGGAAAGUGGCGAGGACAUGAUUUAUUUACAACCAUCGAAUUCGUUCCAUACGAGAAGUAAUCGAAAAGUUAAAACUAGCUUAUCAACAUUUUUAGAUGACUCGGAUUCGGAAAAUGAAGAUGGAACGAUGGAAAAAUUAGCGGCUGCCAUUUCGGAUUUAUUCACUGGUGAUUGGAAUGAAAGUGAAGCAUCAGAUUCUGAUCAUUCUAGUGAAGGUUAUAUUAACUAA